GUCUUAUUAUCGUGUCCAUGUAACUCGCGUCUCCGCAACAGCAAACUAUGAAAUAUAAUUAAAAAAGAUCAAUAACAAAUGAUAAAUAAUAAUACACUGAAAUAAUGGCAAUGAAUAUGAACGGAGAAGGAUCACUGACUGAAAUUUAAGCAGAAACAUAAUAUACGAACAUGAUAAACUAUCACAUGCCGGAUGUGCAUGUAUGUGUAAAUAAUGCAUGACAAAUAUUUAGGAAAGUGGGAUUGACAACGACAGAAAAAGAAUUUGCUAAAAACAUUUAUUCCACAGGUUAGUUGUUUAACCAUGCUUGUUUGUGCAUAUUAUACAAGUAAUUUUUAAUAUAUCACGAAAAGUGUAAAUUACAGAUUCAUUCAGCAGACAGUGUCGGAAAGCAAGGCUUCAGUAAGGUACAAUUCCGCAGUAAACUAUAAAAUUUAAAUGCAAAAAAUGAAGGUUAACCCACACUAACUGCGUAUAACAUGAAUUAUGAAAAAAAAAAAAUACUGGCCUACUAGGAAGUACAUUUAUUCUAAAAGUCACUUAUCUCUCAAGGUUUGAAAGAGGUACUUACCUGUAAAGAGAAACUUGUCCUCGCACUCUACUCGGUGACUGGUAGCAUGAACUAGCAUGUUCUUGCAUUCUUUUACCUGGACAAUAAUAUCCUAACAUCACUCUUAGUGGACAAUCUUAUCUAACAUUACUCUUAUCUGGACAAUCUUAUCUAACAUUACUCUUAUCUGGACAAUCCUAUCUUAACAUUACUCUUUGUCCGGACAAUCCUAUCUUUGCAUUACUCUCUUCUGCACGGUUAUAACCUUAAAAUGCUCUUAAGACGGGAAAUCAAAUUCUUAAUUUUGCUUAAGCUAAUGAAUUAUGUCAUUUCGUUACUGACCCCAGAAGUGUAUAUAUAUAUAUAUAUAUAUAUAUAUAUCACAAUACGCCACACCAGAAAAAUCACGGGUUGUACAAGAUUUUCCUUCAUAUAUCGUGGAUGAGAACUCAAAACCAUCCCUAUGACCACAUGUUACGCGAGUAAGUAAUUAAGAUCACAGCUUUCAUGUCGGCUACUCUUAAGUACAAUAAAAUAAUAAAUAAAUGUAAACAGGAACGUCACCAUAGUCAAACAGGCUUGUAUCAGCCCAGAACAAAACUAUUUUAUUCAAACUCGAGUUAUCUGUUAGAUUUCCGGAUACAACAGAGAAGAGGUAUAUUACAUUGACAACUGACGCUGGUGGAAGCAUAACUUAAAAACCUAUCCUCGAAUAUAGUGUUUGCAGCCUUGUAAUUUAUAUGUGCUCAUGCCAAAGGUGAAUACUUAUGCAGAGCAACUUGCUUAACGAAGAUGUAUUCAUUGGUUACGUAUUAAUUUCUACAGCAAGAACACAAGAGCAGCCAGAAGGAUAGCUUUCACAUAUGCAGCAGCCCACUUAAGAAGAAAUUAUGCUUGUGUGUUAAUUGCCAUUUCUACUGGACCUAUUAAAUUGGCUUUAAGUUUAAGACAUAAAUGGGAGGUGGGGGGUUAGGCGAUAAUAUUGUGCCCGUUGCUCGAGUUUAUUCAGGCAGUGGAUUGAUCCUGCCUAGAAUAUGUCAUAUCGCCUAGUUUUUUGUAGCACUGUGGCCUAGUGGUAAAUGUCUGCAUGGUAUGAUGCAAGAUCUUGCAGACUUGUUUAUUCAUCAUGAAUUGCUCUGCCGAACAAGGAGAGUUUUUGUGUAACCCUGUGAAGUCAGUACGUGCCGCACAAAAUAUUUCAUUGGUUUUAAAUAAAAAGUGGGAAGCGCACUUUAAAAAUUUGGUGGAGAUGUGGUUUGGUAAGUAAUCAUUCCACCUAUCUUCCUAAGAGAAAGUUGUUUUUAUGCUGUAAUCAAAGAUCAUUGAAAAAGUGUGUGCCACAGCGUUGGCCACUGGACCGGGAUGUUUCUGCUCGUAAAAGACGAGCAGAUUGUGAAUGUGCUUACCAGUCCACCUCUUUAAAAACUAUUGACAUAGUUAUAACCAUUUAUAGUGAUGUAACAUUGAGAAGAAACUUGAUUGUAGGAACAGUUGUCCCGGACUGAUAGCCAUUCAGAUGCCAGGCUAUCAACAAAUGGCCCGGACUGACAGCCGUUCAGAUGCCAGCCUACCAACAAAUGUCCCGGACUGACAGCUGUUCAGAUGCCAGCCUACCAACAAAUGUCCCGGAGUAGUAGUUCAGAUGACAGCCUAGCAACAAAUGUCUCUGCCUACCUACAGUUCGAAUGCCAACCUACCACACAGACUGGAUGAUGGUGCAUUAUAAGGUGUGGACAACUGAACUAAAUCUUGACGCACUGUAGCUGCUAUGACGCCUAUGUACUAGUAGCAAUGCUUUAUAAUUAUUUUUAGGUCAACAUGUAGAUAUUGUGUGCGUACUUGGCGAGACAAAAGCAAAAUGAAGAGAACAAUUGAGAGUAACCUGUAAAGAUUGGAUAUCUUGCUUAUAAGUAGUGCUUGAGUAAUAGUAUUAAACAUUAUGUAAUCAGUAUGAGGCACAACCCGUACACAAUAAUUGACAUUAAUGAUCGCAUUUAUAAAACCACGUCAUCAGGCCUUGUGCUUAGCUUGAGGAAAGCCAGGAUUCCAUUAGAAAUCUUGCGAUGCACAAAGACGCAGUGUAGUGGUUAUUGUGUAUUUAAAAAUAAUCCAUUUGGACUACUGAUACACUACAAAAAAAUGUAAAAAGAAUAAAAGACUGGAAAAGAAGCUGUGGGGCAGUGUCGUAGCCAGUUUGGCAGACUUAUUUAGUGAAGUUGGUAGCAUCAGUGGGAAGGUGUGUGGAGGGCUUGUUACCAGAGGAUGUGCUUAGUGUGUAUGCUGCAGUACAUGGGCAGCGCUAUGGGCAAAGGAGUAGCAGGAUUGUGUGGGGCUCGCCAGGGAGAGUACGCCAUCACCAACAACGAAGAUGAGAGACACCAGCAUUCUCAACAUGAUUGGCGUUACUACCUAUGUUGCUUCAGCAAGAGUGGUGAGCGAGCUCAGCGAGGCAAGAUGGUCUUCCUCCAUGGUGUAUUGUAUAUGGAAAUUAUUGAGGCAUGUGACCUUCCAGAUGUUGACACUUCUUGGUUUCGCUCCUCAAAGGAUGUUUCAGACCCUUACGUAACUGUUGAUACUUGCUGUGGGGGCAAGAAGACUUGCCGUAUUGCUAAGACAUCCAUAAUUUUUAACUCCUUAAAUCCGCACUGGGGAGAGAAGUUCCGUAUCGAGAUGUGUCAUGAAACUGAGUCUUUGUUAUUCACCAUCAAAGACUUAGACUUGGUCAAGAUAGAGUGUAUGGGCUUCAUGAGCAUCAGAGCCGAGGACUUGCUUCAGGAAGACCCAGUUACUGGUUGGUUCCCACUUCUCGGCAAGGAUGGUAAUCCAUCUGGUUCAGUCAAUAUUGCUCUUCGUUAUCUUUCCUCUUCAUCUAUCACCCGAUCUAAUGAAGUCCUAGAUACGGUUUUCCCAUUGCGCGUAGGAUGUAGAGUGAAGCUGUACCAAGAUGCUCACACCCCUGCUGUCCCUCCCCUAACUGAUAUUCUUACUAGAAGUGGUGAUCCUUAUGAACCUUCACAAUUGUGGAUAGAUAUUUCCAGAGCUAUUGAAAAUGCCCAGAAGCUCAUCUAUAUAGUUGGAUGGAGUAUAAAAACAGACAUCACUUUGAUACGUGAGGGUGAGAAUGAAAACUUUGGAGAAGUUUUGAAAAGGAAAGCAGAUGAAGGUGUGAGGGUCCUGGUGAUGGUAUGGAAUGAGGCCAUGAGCACAGAUCUAUAUACCCCAGGUAUCAUGGGAACCCAUGAUGAAGAUACUAGAAUUUUCUUUGAAGGCACUGAAGUAGAGGUCUUCUUGUCCCCACGUCAAAAGAACAAAGGAAAAAUAAUGGAAAAUAACUUUGUCUCUACUCUCUACACACAUCAUCAGAAAUGUGUGAUCGUGGAUGCCGAAGUUGAGGGCGAAGACAGGCGUCGUCUUGUUGCUUUUGCUGGUGGCAUUGACAUUACUGAUGGGCGGUGGGACACUCCAGAACACCCACUAUUCAAAACUUUACCAGAUUGUCACCAAAAUGACUUUUAUAAUGGUAUAUGUCAAUCCAGUGUGACAACCGGGCCACGUCAGCCAUGGCAUGACAUUCACAUGUAUAUUGAAGGACCAGCUGCAAUGGAUAUACUCUCAAACUUCAUUGAACGCUGGAGGCGUCAAGCUCCUGAUCGGGAAAAUCGCUUACUUGGAAUUAAUGAAGAUGAUUUUGUCUUGGACUGGGAAACUCCUGAUGAAUCUGUUUGGAGUGUUCAGUUUUUCCGCUCGAUCAACUCUGAUUCGGCACAGUUUGAUACUAAUGCAUUAGAUCGUCUUCUGUCCCGAAAAGGCAGGUUGUAUGAGAAUUCUAUCCAGACAGCAUAUAUUCAUCACAUUAGACGUUCUAAACGUUUCAUCUAUUUAGAAAAUCAAUAUUUUCUUGGUUCAGCUCAUGGAUGGCUUGUGCAGGAGGCCAAAUGCCCUCACUUGAUUCCAAUAGAAAUCACAACCAGAAUAACCAAUGCAAUUAAAGCUGGUGAGGAUUUCCGUGCAUAUAUUGUUAUUCCUCUACAUCCAGAAGGAGAUCCCACUUCAACAGCUGUACAAGAGAUUCUUCACUGGCAGCACCGAACAAUGGAAAUGAUGUAUAGAAAGAUUGCUAAGGCAAUUCGUAAAGCAAAAAUCAGUGCACACCCAACAGACUAUCUUAGUUUCUUCUGCCUUGGUAAGCGUGAAAGUCCUGAUGAAGUGCCCGAUUGUCUUGAAGAACCAAAUCCAGACUCUGUUGCAGCUAAGGCACGAGAUAGUUUACGCUUUAUGAUUUAUGUUCAUUCCAAAAUGGCAGUCUUCGAUGAUGAAUAUAUAAUAGUAGGAUCAGCUAACAUAAAUGAACGUAGCAUGAGUGGCAAUCGUGACUCAGAAAUGGCUGUUGGUGCAUUCCAGCCGCAAUUCACAAAAGAAGAAUUUGGAGACUCUGAAAUUGAAGGUGAUGUUAGAACUUUCCGACUGUCAAUAUGGGCAGAACACUGUGGCUCGCACAUGGAGGAGCAUUUGUCACCUGCAUCUGUAUCUUGUAUGACAGCAAUGAGAGAGCUUGGUGAGGUAAACCUGCAAAAAUAUAUCUCCCCAGAGGUUGAACAUAAUGACUCUCACUUGAUGACUUACCCACUGAAUAUAACUGAGGAGGGUCGUGUGGAAUUGAGAGAGGAUUGUCUUACGUUCCCAGAUACUGGUGGAUCCAUCACUGGCAAGAAUUCUAACUUUUUACCAAAUUCUCUUACCACAUAAAAGAGCUGUCCAAACUCUUGGUGUCAAAAAUUACUUGGGCAUUAUUGUAUCCCAGACCUAAAAAAAGGCUUAAUGCAUGACAUGAGCUGCUUCAUGACUGCUGUGAACAUAGUUGUUCAUUCUGGUAAUAGAUGCAAUGGAGCAAGGGGUCUCAUGUGAAAUCUCAAUUUUCAGCUUAAUAUGCUUGAUCAUCAGUGAAGCAAAUCUGUUGUACUGAAUUCUUUUGUUUGUGAUUAAGCAACAAAAAUUACCCUAGAAUUAAGUCCAAACUCCUCUUGCCUUGCAUUUAAGGUACAAAUCAGUAGAUAAAUGCAUUUUUGUACUGAUACAUGAGCUGUACUGUAGGGGUUAGGCUGUCAGAUAAUUAUUUUGUGUUUAUGGAUUUUUGUAACCCAGAUUGUAACAUAACAAAUAUAUGUACUGUACAUUUGCUAUGAUAUCUUUUGUAAUAAUAAAUUCAUUUUAUAAUACUGAAGAGGGAAAAUAUGGGUUAUCACUAGAAAAACUUUCACUGUUUUUAAAAAAGUGAAAGUUGAUUUCUUCCACUGUUUAUAUCUUCAUGGUUACUGCUACUGUUUACUUGUGUGUGUGUGCAUAUAUAAUAUGAAUGCGUACAUGUGUAUAUGAGGUUACAUGCAUACACAGUUAUGUUUUGUUAAGCUAAAAUUUUAUGACUGUCCAUACCAGCAUGGAACUGAGUAGAAAACUAAUGAGAUUAAAAAAACAGGAAUAGAUGAUUAGCAUUUUGAAAUAUAUUGUAUAGAUAUUUUCAUUAAAUAAAGCAGAUAGAAAAUAAUGUAUCAAGAGAUACUGUAUAUUGCAGCAGUGUACAAUAUGUGAUAGAUGAGCUUUUGAACAAUGAUAACUGAAAAUAAAAAAAGUUAUAUAGAUUAUCUGAAUUUUUUUCAUGCUCAUGUAGACUAGUCAUGUGAUCUACAUGGUACUGUGGAUAGUAAUAUAAGUUAGGAUAAUAUGAGGGAGCAAUGGAGCAUUUGUGAGAGGAAUUGUAUUGAUGCAUAUACAGUGGACCCCCGGUUUACGAUCAGCUCCCAAUGCGACCAAUUAUGUAAGUGUAUUUAUGUAAGUGCGUUUGUAUGUGUAUGUUUCAGGGUCUGAAAUGGACUAAUCUAAUUCACAAUAUUCCUUAUGGGAACAAAUUCGGUCAGUACUGGCACCUGAACAUACUUCUGGAAUGAAAUAAUAUCGUAAACCGGGGGUUCCACUGUAAUUUAAAAACUGAAGCAUAUUUUUUUUUUUCAAUUAAAAAUACCAUAUUGGUAGAUGUAGCUUGAAAGUUCUGUUGGAGUAUGAGAGCUUUCAAGCAUACCUGAGAUCAAGUUGAGGUGAUCUCAACUGGCUACAGUUAGUGCUUGUAAAAUUAGUUUGAGUAGAGGAUUGAGCCUCGUUAAUCCUUGUGCCGACUAACUCUGACCUCUGGUAUAGUGCUUCACAUAAAGUAUAACUAAAACUCUGAAAUUACUUCUAUCACUCAAUAAUUAGACCUGUAAAUUAAAUAUUAUGAGAAAUUCAUGAGGGAUUUAGUGGUCAAUGCAUGGUAAUCACGACACUACAUUCCAUGAAUCCUGGUAAAAUGAGGUAUGGAAUUACUGUAACAAAAAAAAAAGUGCAGCUUAGUGAAAGUCUGAGAGAGAGGUGGUAGUGUGUUGAUACCUGCAGUUGAGUGAGAGAUAUGAAAAUGAUAUGAAAGCUUUUAAGAUUAUUAUUAAUAUAAUUAUUGGGAAGUGCUAAAUCCAUAGGUUCAAACAAUGUCUAUGGAAUGGGAGGCAGUCAGAUCGAAGGAAAGGAAGGGGUAGGUUCAAUUUCUUACCCCCAUACCAGCAUCAAGGCAUUGGCCUUGAGGUGAAAACUUAUAAAUUAUAAGUUUAAUAUAAGCAUUAGUAAAAGGAGACUGUACUAUACAGAAGAUGGAAUGAUUAUGAUUUUAUGUAGUAUUUGGAUAACAUUGUAAAUAAGAAUUGUAGUGAAAAGUGGAGAUAUUUAUCAUUUCUGUUCUCAAGGUAAAUUGCCAGAUUCAAAAUUAACCUGCUAUUUACAGAGGAAACUGACUAUCAUAUAACACACUCAUACUUUGGAUAUUAAACUUUCAUUUUGUCUAACUGAUGCACUAAGCACUCCAGUUCAUACUAAUACUCCUCCUACUGAUAUUCUUAUGUCUAUUUUAUUUCCUGCUCUUCUAGCUCUUAUAAAGUAUUGGUGAAAGUAGACACUCUGUUUCAUGCUCUUCGAUUCUGUCUUGUUAAAUUGCCCCAAUACACAACAUUCCUCACAGAAUCUCAGUCUUGGUUCUCUUUCUGCAAUUUUUCGUCCACAGAGUUCUCUCUCUCUCUUCACUGGAAAAUUGUAGGUUUCCUACUUUAUUCUAAGCCAGGUACUUCAGACCAAGCCACUUCUCAUUAUAAUCCUCAUCGCUCUUGCUAGUUGGAACACUUGGUUAAAAAAUGUUUGGUAUGGUACUAAGAAACCCAAAACUCUCUCUUUUGUUACCAGUCUGGCUUUCAGAAGGGCCAUUCUACAAACUGCCCCUUAAUCUUCUUUGAUACAUACAUCUGCAAUGCCUUUGUUGAUAUCAGUCAGUUUACUACAGAUUUUUUUUUAUUUUGAGAAAGCUUAUGAUGCUUUCUCUUAGGCCUCUAAGGCAAUUUGUCACUUUUCCUUAGAGAUUUCUUAUGAGACAUUUGUGUGUUCAGGCAUAUAACAUCUUUUCCCCUGACUCUGUACAAGCUGAAGGCAUACCUCAAGGCUGUGUUUUAAGCACUAUGCUCUUCAUACUUAUCAUUAAUGACCCAGCCUCUAUUCUAACUUGAAAUAUCCAUUCACCUAUAUAUGUAAACAAUUUUGCUGUAGCUUGUGCAGGCACAAACUGUCUUCUUGUAAGAGCCUCUUUCCAGUAUGCUAUCGCUUGUGCUUCCAGCUGGGCUACCUCUCAUUGCUUGAGUUUUCUAUUGCUAAAACAAACCAUAUAACAUUUACAAGACAAGUAGGACUACGUAAAGUUCUCACAGCAGGCGAAGAAAAUCCACUAAAAAAACUGGAUUUCUGAGCUAGCCUUCAUAGAGUGUGGAUAUCUCACUCUACCCCUACCUUGAGCACCAGUGAACAUUUUUCCUUUUUUUUUUUUUUCAUGUGAUGAUUAUCCUCAUUAUACACAGCUUGCUGGGCAGUUCAUUUGUGUGCCAUACACGAGCUCUGAUGUGCAUGGGGAAAGUCCAUCAUUGAUGACUCAGGAAGGAAGAUGUGGGUAGCAGGCUCUUCCAAGGUUUAGGCAAGGGAAUCCACCUGAUCUAAUUUUUUUUUUUAUAAGAAACUUGUUUCCUCUCCAUUACCCACUCACAUUUGGGCAACAUAUUCACCAUACUUGUAGGAGCAAGGCUCAGGGCACAAGCUGUUGUAGCCCUUCCAAACAAGAAGGCGGCACCCCAUUAACCCUCACUGUUCUAUACCUGUAUGGUUCCCAUGUCCCUAAAGAUGUCUUGGUUUUGGGCCCUCUCCCUGGAAACUUGCAUAACUUCCCUAAAAGCUGAUUGUUGUUGCUGCCUGAAUUUAAUUAAAACUUUAGUCCAACUUUCUUGGGGGCUGAUAGACAAACCCUUCUUUGUGUACAUUCAGCUCUAUUUUUAUCUAAACCAGACUAGUGACCAGCUACAUUGUUCAGCCUUUCCCGCUACUCUUUCUAAACUUGGCCUUAUUUAUCAUGAAGGAUUACAUUUGUGUCUUUGAGCUUUUUGAUUUUCCUCAAUUGAGAGCUUGGUAAACAGGUAAACACCCCAUUUUUGCAAGAUUGUCUCCACUGUUUUGUAACUUCCAUGACCCACAUGAUUCUGCCACAUAACUGACAGUACACUUACAAGAUAUUAUCAAGACAAAUUUAGUUGUUGACCCCAUUCAUUUUUAGUAUUUCCUCAAUGUAUUCAUGUUCUUAAUAAAUACUUUAGUUCCCCCUCCCCUAUGUGUUCACUCUACAUCUAUUCCUUGCUUCCUUUUGAGGAGCAUGGGUUAGAUUCUGUGCCCAAAAACUCACCUGCCCACUACAACCUUAUACUCAUUCCUGAACACUCAUUCUCAUGCCAUAGCUGUAUAUGCUGAUGUCUGUCAGUCCCUUGAUGGCCCUCUCAAAUCUAAGUUACUACCUAGAAUCAUUAAUGGAAGUCAGUAGUAAGGGUUCAAGCAUAGGACAGACAAAGGUCACAAGUGAAAAUAGUUAUGUUCAGGUUGGCCAUCACUAAUUUGGCAUCAUUGGGACCUGUAGUGUGCCGGAUUAGCGAGUUUGCCGGAUUACAGAGUGGUUAGGUUAGAAUACACUUAAUUAACCUAUCAGUAGAGACUUUCUGCUAUAUCUUCCUCAUUUUCAUCACUACUUUCUCCUCCACUUGCUUGCUGCUGUGGAUUUACAACCAUGUGCACAAUUUCUGAGUCAGUUUAAUGAUGAAAUUUGAGUCAGUAUAAUGAUGAAAUUUGAAAUUAUGCUAGCCAAAAUUAGUGCCAGAUUACUGAUGGAACUGGAUAACUGAUUGCCGGAUUAGUGAUGGCUGACCUGUACUGUCAUCUCACAUGAACUAGUAGACCACCUACUUCUCCUAUUUAUUUUUUUGGCAGAAUAAAAAUGAAGUAUAUAUAUGAUACUGAACAAAUGUAGUGAAUUUAGUCAAGUGAAAAAUUAUGCCUUGCACAAAUUAAUUAAUUCUGAUGACACAUGUAACUAUAGAAAUUAGUACAGUGAUAUAUAAGAAUUUUCAGUCAAAGAAAUAAGGCAAAAUUAAAAAAAUGAAGAGAUUACAAGGAUAUGCUAAUAAAAAAUGAGCAUAUAUAGAAUGUUAUCACAAAUAAUGUAAAAAUGCUUUGCACCAUUGAUGUGUUGCACUUAUGGUGUUUAGCCACAGAAAAAAAAGAUAUAUAUAGUACAUAUUUUUAUUCUUUGUCUAAUGACUGGAUUAUGGUCAACCUGUGCAAUAUCUUGGCAGCUGUAGCACAUUCAUUAUCAAUCACUGGAGGAAUUUCUUUGCAUGAAGGUCAGUGCACUUAGAGAGUGGCUAUAAUAUUCUAACAUUGUAUCUGUGUGGAUUACUUAACUAAUUGAACAAGUUAAAAUUAUGGCACCCUCUGAUUACAAGGCUCCAUGUUAUGGGAGGCUUUUGCACAACUUUCAAUACAUUUACUUGAGGUAAUUAAUAGAUGUACUGUAUGUAUAUAAACAGCUCUAUACUAUUGAACGCCAAAGUUUUUGAAGUUAAAAGUACAGUCAUACCCCGCCGUAAGUCAUUAAUUGGUUCCAAAAGCUGUGACAUAACCCAGUUUUUGACGUGAACCAGACAUAAUGCUUUAAAAAUGCCUUAAUACGACAACAUCAACUGUAAAAUCAGCGUAAAUAACUCAUGAAAGAAUAUAACUAUCGCUAAACCUUAAAGAACACUAAAAACACAUUUUAGUCGUAUUUUUUAAAGAAUGAUGAACACAAUUAAAAAAUUAUGUUAAUACCUUGUGAUUUGCCCUUAGUGUGACAAAAACACCUUACAAGUAGCAUAAACAACACACGAAAGAAUAUAGCUCUUGGUAAGGCAUUAAAGAAUAUUUUAGUCUUAAUUUGUAAAGAAUAAUAAGUAAAAUUAUAUUAUUUACCUUAAACAGACACUUUUUCACUUUUUUCAUACCUUUUAAUCAUAUUUAACUUCCAUUGUAACCACAAUAUGCUUGGAAUCACUUAGAACCCAUGGCUAACACAAACCCAGUAAAGGAGUAAUCACAAAAGUAAGUGAAAGGCAAAACAAGCACACAAUUACAGCACGGGCAAAAAUGCACGUGGCAUUUCCCUGGUUUUGAAUGAGAACCAGCAGCAACGCUACCACGCAACAAGAUGGCGGAACUACAUAAUGACGGACAUUUGUUUACAAUUUUCCAGUGUAAAUAUUUUAUUGUAUCUACAUACAUUUUUUUAUUUUAACGUGUUUUUAUUGUAUUUAAAAAAAUUUUUAAGCUUCUUUUAUUGUUAAUUUUUAUAUUUUAUUUUAAGUAUAUUUUUAGGGAAAAAUUUAUUAUUUCAUGUCCCAUUAUUAUGAUGUAGGUAAUGUUGCUGAGUGACAUAACAUCAGACGUAAUGACGUUUGCUGAACUGAAAUUUACUCUAGAAAUGUGGCAUAAAGGCAAAUUUGACAGAAGCCGAAAUGAUGUAAAGCAGGGUAUGACCGUACGUAGCUGUGAAAAACUCGCACUUAGGAGAAGAACCUUUUGAUGACAUUUCAUACCAUCCUGGACAAUAGUCCAGGAGAGACAAAACAUGGUCAUAAGGUUCCUCUGCUAAGUGCAGGUUUUUGGUGAAUUGUUCCAGCCACAAUAAUGUGAUUUUUUAUUCUCCAGUUGCCUUAUUCACCCAUUCAUGUGACAUAUUCUUAUGACUUGGUUAGAGACAUUUUAUUCUCUUGUAUAUAUUUUUUUACUUUAUUAUGCAAUUAAUUUUCAUACACAUAAAACAAUAAAUAUAUUUUAUCAAUAUUAUGGUAUUCCUUGAUAGUAAGAAUAUGUUUAAUACUGAAUAUUGUUUUAAUUGAAUCUUCUCCAUUUUUAAAUAUUCUUCCUGUCAUGUAUAUACAGUUAUACAAUGAAUUUGUAUUUAAUGAAUCAAAAAGGUUACAAAUAAAAUUCAGUGUACAUUUAUUUAUCACAAUUUUUUUUUUCAAUUAAUGUCUAUUAUACAGCCUCUCAAUACUUAACGAUGAAGUUCCGUUCCUAAGACCACAUCAGUAAACAAAUUUGUCGCUAAGUGAGGAGCAUACUCAUAGUGGUAGUGAGUUUGUAUCAACCAUCUUUGAUAUUGUUUUAAUGUCACCUUUGCACCAUCUAUAACAUUUCUGGUAUAUUCAUAAAUGCUUAUACAGUAAUGUACUGUAUAGGGUAAUAAACAGAAUAGAGGAAAUCUGCUCUAAUAUACAUUAUCUAGGUACGUAUACUGGUCAGAGAGCCUAUCGUAAGUCCGAGGCAUCGGUAAACGAGUACGUCGCUAAGUGAGGAGAGGCUGUAUAUAUAUUUAAACAUCUUGCAUAAUUUUUUAUGGCAUUGUUUCAUGGAAUUUUUGGUUUAGAACCAUAUAAACUAGUCCUAUUAAUGUUUAUCCUAGGUGGUAAUCAGUUAUUUUUAACAUCUCAAAACCAAUGUAAAUUGAUAAGUUUGGGUAUAAUUGUUUUUUGUAAAUGUUUAUAAAAAUUCAGACAGUACUGUAAUACUUUGAAUGUUCUUCCCAUAUGUGUACCAUAUUGUAUAUUAAAUUUUAUUCAGGAUUUUUUUUUGAUCAUCUUGCAAAUUAUAUUAUUAAAAAGGGGCUCAAUAACUAUAAGUAACAGUAUGUGUGAAAAAAGUGAAUGAAAAAUUUUCAGGGGUACAGAAAUGUUGCAUUAAAAGAGUGACAUAUGGUUGAUUCUUAUGAAGUAUAUAUUAUACAGAGCAUAAGGUAGUCUGUGAUAUACAACUACUGUAACAUAGAUUUAUAUAAAGUGAGAGCUACUUAAUGGGGAACAAUAUAACUUUUUAGAAAUAACUGCUUGUCAAAGUUUGCCAUAUUAUAGCAGAUAAGAUGCAAAAAGUUAUUAAUGGCCAUAUUGGUUUUACAUAUAUAAUUCAACAUUCUGCUUAGUUUAAACUUUGAGAAAGUAUAAUGUAUGGGAUAAUAAGAGUAAACAAUAUGCAUUGUUGCAAAGUUUUGUUGAAUAAACCACUAUUUUAGAAAACUUAACCAGUACAGUUAGGUUUUAUUGCUUAGUGUGGUUGGCAACUGCAUGUUAAGGGACAUACAGAAGUUUUCCAAAAAUCAUAAACAUACAGUACAAGCAUGCAUGAGAAAGUAAUAUGCACUGUAUAGAGCAAAGAUGAAUUUUUUAAUGUGUUACUGAAGUCACUGAGUAUUACAGUACAGCAUGUCGGUACAGCUGAUAAUGUUGAAGCCCUUAAAAAAAUAUAGUAAGCUUGAUUGAGAGUAUUUUUAAUUGCUUACUUUAAAAUGUUUCAUUUGCUACUACAUUCUGAUAUUCUGUAAAUUGAACAAAAUCAAAUAUAUAUAUCUGUAUAUGCUGUGUGUGUAAUUGUCUCUUUGUGAUUACCUAUUUUAAGCUUCAGGAACAGAGCUAUUGAUCUUCCCCAGACAAGAGCCUGUAUGCAAGAUUGGCGAGAGGCUUCCAUGAAUUUCAAUAUCCUCUCGUGUACAGAUUAUUCAGAGAUGUCAAUAAUAUUACUUCAUUUAGUUGUCAGCCCCAUUUAUUGUGGCUCUUCAAUCUCCACAUUUGAACUUUGGCCACAUCUCUAUCUUUCCUUUUCAUUCCAUCCCAUAUUAUACUUUUCUUCAUCUCUUUGGGAAGUUCUGACUAUUGAAGUUUGUUCCUUCCCCCUUCCUUACCUCUUCUUUGAAAUUCAUUAACAUUCUUAAGCCAAUGCAGUGUACAAUGGUAUUUCAAAAUUCCUAAAUGUGGUAGGUUAUGCUCCUGCUGUUCUAGAUAGGUAAACAUUUACUAGCUGGCCAUCAUUUUCAGCAGUUCUUUUUGCUGUCAUACACACUGCAAUUGUUGUAUGUUCACCUCUUCAUUCAUUCUUUCAGACCCCCACAGUGCAUUACAAGCUAUUUAGAAAUUCAACUUCCCACAUCCCACUGUAUUUUGCAUACAACAAUGAUUAUUUCUAAUUUCUAGCAAGAUCAAAGUAGUUUUUUGCCAAGUUCUGGGACACACUGAUAUUUAGAGAAAUGAACAUACAGACUUGGUCACUCGAUAGGUACUUAUAAACUGCCAAUCCCCUACAGGAAGGUCCCUUUCUCAGAUUAUUCUUGAGAACUCUCUCUACAUUUCAGAAGUCACUGGCACUAAUUCUGGUCAGAGUUAGUGUACAACAAUUUUUUUUUAUCAAACCACAAUUGGGUUCUUGGCCAUCUUUCCAUCACUGUCAGAUGGGCCUCUUAAAGAAGGUUCCUUGAUAUGAGAGGCUCUUAAUCCAAGGAACUGGGUUUGACCUCCCCAUCCUUUGAUCAAACCUGACUCCUUCCAAUUCCCUUCCUUCUGGUGCUGAUAAUUCCUACAUGUUUACUUCCUUUAUAAAUGUAAUAAUAAUAGUGACAGGUGUGGGAAACUGUACUGCCAGAGUUACAAGUUAGACCACCUAGAUGAAACCCAGCAUUUCACUGAACACUGCCAAGCUGAACUAUUGGCCUGCCAUACCUUAGACUGUUCUCUCAAUUAUCAGAGAGCAUGCAGAAUUCUCUUUCAACAUCUUCAGUGUGUGACCUCUUUGAUAGUCCCACAAAAAUCCUUUAUUGGCUUUCUAAUAGAAAUUAUCCAUUGCAUCAAAUUUGACACUAAUUUUGCACUUGCAUUAAAUGCCAGCUCCACUAAUGCCCACCCAUACACCACCACACCACAGUGCUACAUAACCUUCAUGGGUUUAGCUCUUAAUUUUUAAUCAUGAUAAUAUACUUAUGUGGCCCAAUUUCGGUAUUUAAAAGUUAUACAGUAGCACCUACUACUUCUUAAGAUUCCAGUGAAAAUAAAUCAUAUUGACUUGACUGGGUUAUCCUAUUUUAAUUUCUUCAUAAGGUUACUAUACAAGAUCAUGCUAAAAAUGUAUACCCAUUUACAAAACAAUAAAAAUUAUUAACUCCCUUUACACUGCUCUACCACUUGAUUUGUGAAGAAAAACUUUAUAGUAUGCUAUUGGUAAUACUGUUUUAUCUUAGUUUGAAGCUGUGCUCUCUUAUUCUCUUUUCCAUCUAUAUUUUUUAUCAGUACCAGAACAGAUAUGCAAAAAAUUACUGAACGAAGUCUAAGGCAGUGGAUGGAGUAAACUUGUUUGGUAUCACAAGCAAAGGUUUUGAGUGCUGCAACAGCAUUAAUUUAUAAAAAUUAUUUGGUAAAUUUAACACACAAGAUGAAACACCAUAAACAUAGCUCUGCUUCUGUACUUAUAAAUAAAAAGGUUAUCACAAAAAAGGUAAUUAACACAUAAUUAUAGCUAUUUUGGUGCUGAAGGUUUUAGAUUCAAAUAAAGUUGUGGAUUUUUUAUGAA